UAAAUGAUUUUUGCACUUUUUCCUUACCCGAGUUUUAUGAAUCUUUAUGUCCAGACUAACCAAGAAUUUCCUCAGAAUGGAGUGACUUUGGACCAAAAUAUGUGUCAAUGAGACCUAAAGCAGCACUUAAAUUUUCAGGCUUUGCAGUAUGGCCAGAUUGAUCCAGGAGUGGUACAGAAUGAUCAACCAAUGAGCUAUUACUAUCCUUCAUAUCCAAUGCUACCUCUUAAUUCUGUAACCCAGGAGUUGAACGAGCAGACUAAGACUGAUCUUUCCAAGCAGAAGAGAAGAAAUAGGACAAGAAAGGACUUCCCUCUCCCUCUUGUUCUUAACAAAGAUAGUACUAAUUCGUCUGAUUGCAGUAAACUGCAAAAAGAACCAACAACGAGAGUAAACCAUAAUGAACUGAUGCUUGAUCAAAACUCGCAUUAUGAAGUGCCUUUUAAGAAUCUUGCAAACGAGUUUCGGAAGAGCCAUAAAGGAAGAAAACGCAAGUGCUAUCUUGAGGCUAAGAACGUGAAAGAGUUUAUGCUUGACUUUGUUAAACCUCAAUGGGAAGCUCAUCUCAAGUGUCUCUCUGAUAGGGAAAGAAAUCUGGGAAUCAUGAAUAAGGGUUCUAAAUAUGUAUGGACUCAAUUAUUAAAAGAUAUUCAAAAGUUUUACAGGCUGAUGUUUAGACUAAGGUUCCAUAGAUGAGACAAACGUAAUGAUGGCAACCAGGAGGUCAUCAUAGACUCCAUUUUAGGAGAGCUUGGGAUGAGAUGCAGUGGCUAUGACGCCAAGGAAGUUUUCCAAUACUUUUAUUCAGUACUUACGAAGCUCAGAAAAUCCAAAAAUAGUGAAAGUGAAGAGUUUACGAAAACCUUCACUAAAGUUUUUGAGGACGACUCCAGAGAGAAUAUUGAAGCUUUUAUCAAUCACGAGCUGUCCAGAAAGUUUUUGAAGUUCUUCAUCCUUAAUUUUGGGGAAGAUUAUAUAGAGAGAAUGAAUGGAUCCUUCAAAAAGGAAGUAAGAGAAGCGAUAGGAUAUUUGGCAAACGAGUACGGCCUUCCUAACUCACUUCACUACAAUUACUAAUUUUUCUUGAAAUCUUCUUUAA